AUGAAGUCCUCUGCUCUCUCAGCGUCGGUGGCGGCGCUCAUCGGCUCCUCCGCCGCUCAAGUCCCUGACGCCAAUGCAACUACCGUCUUCACCACCGUCAUCUCGACCGCCUUCACCACCCUCUGCCCUGGUCCCACCAUCCUCGCCAUCGGCCAUGCAACCUACACUUGCGAGAGGCCCACCGUCUUGACCGUUAAGCACUGCCCUUGCACCAUCACCAGGCACGGCUACGGUGACAAGCAUCAUGACAAGCAAUUGCCCGAACCUCCCGCCUACACAAAGUCGCCUCCCCCUCCCCCUCAAGGCUAUCCUCUUCCCGCCCCAGAGCAGCCCGUGCCGGCGCCGCCGGCACCCUCCGCGGACCAGCCCGUGCCCCAGUCGCAGCCUCCUGCUGCCCAGCCCUCGCCGCAGCCGCAGUAUCCUGCCGGCCAGUCGCAGCCACAGCCUCAAGCUCCCGCCGGCCAGCCGCAAGCCCAGCCUCAACCUCCUACCGACCAGCCGCAGGGGCAACCUCAACCUCCCGCCGGCCAGCCGCAGUCACCGUCUCAACCUCCUGCCGAUCAGCCGCAGGGGCAGCCUCAACCUCCUGCCGGCCAGCCACAGUCGCAGCCUCAGAGUCCCGCCAGCCCCAACCGGCCCCAGGCCACAGACGGCGCGGCCCCCGCUCCUCCGUCCUCUUCCGACCAGUCUCAGGUCGUCUCCACCGCCGGCGCCGACAAGAUCGGAGCUGGUCUCGGCACCCUGGCCAUGGUUGGCUUUGCCGCCAUGCUCGUCUAA